CCCCCUCCCUCCGCCUAUAAAGCCUCACCAUGACAGCUCAGAGGUUACUGAGCAGCAGGAAUCAGCCCCGCAGCCCGCAGCUUCACGCAGCUCCUCUCCACGCACACUCAGAGUGUCACGCAGCUGGACGUCUCGCUGAGCGCAGCUGGUCUCACCUGAGAGCCCCACCUGAGAGCCCCACCUUCUCUAAAACUGGAUUCCCGGAGCUCCUCGCCAUGCAUGCCCGGCUUUAGGUUCUCCAUGGAGCUCUCCAACCUGUACGAGGCGGCGCCCCGGCCCCUGAUGAGCAGCUUGACCCACAACCAGCAGCCCUCCUCCGGCUACAGAGACCCGGCUGACCUCGGCGGUGACAUCGGAGACAACGAGACGUCCAUCGACCUGAGCGCCUACAUCGACCCUUCAGCCUUCAACGACGACUUCCUGGCCGACCUGUUCCACCACAGCUCCCGGCAGGACAAGCUGAAGAUGAUGAGCGGAGACUAUGACUCUGUGUCCCAGCAGCAGCUCUACAUGUCCGGAUACAUGGACUCCAAGAUGGAGCCCUUCUACGAGCACAACCCGCCGCGCAUCCGCCCGGUGGCCAUCAAGCAGGAGCCGCGGGACGACGAGGACAUGAACCUGAACCUGCCGCCCUCCUACCACCACCCCCACCCUCACCCUCACUCCCAGUACUCCCAGCACCACCAGCAGCCCCCCCAGCAGCAGCAGCAGCAGCAGAUGCCGCACCUUCAGUACCAGAUUGCGCAUUGCGCGCAGACCACCAUGCACCUCCAGCCGGGACACCCGACCCCCCCACCGACCCCGGUGCCCAGCCCCCACCACCAGCACCCCCACCACCAGCAGCAGGGCAGCCUGAAGCUGCUGGAGCAGCAGCGGGCUGGAGGGAAGUCCAAGAAGCACGUCGAUAAGAGCAGCCCGGAGUACCGGCUGCGGCGCGAACGCAACAACGUGGCGGUGCGUAAAAGCCGCGACAAGGCGAAGAUGCGCAACCUGGAGACGCAGCAGAAGGUGGUGGAGCUGACGGCCGACAACGACCGGCUGAGGAGGAGGGUGGAGCACCUGACCCGGGAGCUGGACACGCUGCGGGGCAUCUUCAGGCAGCUGCCGGACGGCUCCUUCAAACCCAUGGGCAGCUGAGGGAACCGGACCGGUUCUGGACUGGUACUUUCUGGAUUUACUGGAGGGCCUCUCUGAGGAACAUCUGGACAGCUUCUCCUCAGUUUCUCCUCCAGCAGCUACAAACUGAACCAAAAGAAAUCCAAUGAUUUAAACCCCAGCAGACUGGAAGCAGCUUUGGUUCUUUUAUUUCUGAAUGAACCAAACUCAGAACUUGUUACUGGACCUUCAUCUCACUGACUAAACUGAAAGGAGGGAGACGGACUCAUUCCAGAGGCUUUUCUCUCCACGUUUGUGCCUUUUUGAGAGUUUUGUGCAUAAAGCCGAUAAGCUGAUCCAUAGAGCCGCCAGCAGAGCUCAGCUGGUUCUGUGCCUUAUUCUCACACAGACUCAGCAGCUGUCAGAACCGUGCAGCUAAGGAAGGAAUCAUUGGACCUGGGUUCAACCUGUCUUUCCUUUAUACAUGUGCUGUGUUCUGUGUUUGUAACCAUCUCCAUGAAGUGAGCUGUUGACCCUGCAGAUGGUCCAGAACAUCCAGGAUCGAGGACUCGGACCCGUGCUGCUUCAUGCAUCCUGCAGGGAAACCUCUGCAGAGACGGAAGCAGCCUUUCACAUGCACUAUAACCUGUAGCACCUUGUCUCAGAGACAUGAGCGGUACUGAUCCGGACACAAACAGAACUCUCUGCACAUAUCCCAGUGUUUUCAUGUGGUUUUAUUUUUCUUUUAUUCUGUGUGUAAAUGUGAACGGGUUUCUAUGCAGGGCGGCUCUUCCUCUUCUCCUCUGGUGAGUCAUCCUCACACGGUGCCUUCAGUGACCUUUGACCCGUGACCAACGGCUCUGUUAGAAUCAUUUUCAGGCUUGUGUCAGCGAGGAAGAAGCACUUUUGUUUCUGUGUAUUUCAAACUUUUUGACCCAAGUGUAAAAUAAGUCACUAUAUAAAUAUAUAUAUGAAUGAAUAUGAAACACAAAAAAUACAAAAAACAAACAUCUGAAGCAUUUUAAUAAAAGAACCUUGUUUUAUCACAU